AUGCCUAUGAAAACUGACUUUGUGAACGGAAGAGAUCUCAAGGUGGGAUCUGUCUUCAUUCCUGCUGGCGAAACAUCUUCGUUCUACAAAGUGACAGACAUCAAUAUUUCCAAGCCCGGAAAACACGGCUCUGCCAAGAGUAUGAUUACUGCCAAGAAUAUUGUUAAUGGAAAGACGUAUACCAACACAUACCUCGAUUCCAGUGAUAAAGUAUGCCAGAUUCUUGAUUUUGGAUAUAUCUAUAAGGUUAUAUACGAUAAGAAAGGCUCUGAGCUUCUAGUAAACCUCGAGACUGGAGACUGUCUCUACUACCAAUCCUUCGCUAAAGAGGACCAGCAAAGAGUAGAGGAUGAAUUUACCAAGUUUGUUGAUAAGGGAGAAGGGCUUGUUAAUUCCGAGGGAUCCCCACUUGUUGUCAAGUACAGUGAGCUUGUAGACACUAACAAUAAUAUUACUUUGAUGUUUUGGGAACUUUUGUAUAUCAAGCCAGAAGAUUUGCCCCGAUACGGUGUCAAUGAUUAUGUGGCAGCUUAA